AUGAGAAGAAAGGAACCAAAACGUUUCAGCUGUGACCAAUGUGGGAAAGAUUUCACUACAUCAAGUAAUCUUCAGAGGCAUUAUCGUAUUCACACUGGAGAGAAACUACACAGCUGUGACCAAUGUGGGAAAGAUUUCACUACAUCAGGUAAUCUUCAGGUCCAUUAUCGUAUUCACACUGGAGAGAAACCACACAGCUGUGACCAAUGUGGGAAAACAUUUUCUCAAAAAGGCGGCCUUUCAUCCCACCAGCGCAUCCACACAGGAGAGAAACCACACAGCUGUGACCAAUGUGGGAAAACAUUUUCUCAAAAAAGCGGCCUUUCAUCCCACCAUCGCAUCCACACAGGAGAGAAACUACACAGCUGUGACCAAUGUGGGAAAACCUUUGCUCAGAAAAGCACCCUUUCAAAUCAUCAGCUCAUCCACACAGGAGAGAAACCACACAGCUGUGACCAAUGUGGGAAAACCUUUGCUCAGAAAAGCACCCUUUCAAAUCAUCAGCUCAUCCACACAGGAGAGAAACCACACAGCUGUGACCAAUGUGGGAAAACAUUUUCUCAAAAAAGCGGCCUUUCAUCCCACCAUCGCAUCCACACAGGAGAGAAACUACACAGCUGUGACCAAUGUGGGAAAACCUUUGCUCAGAAAAGCACCCUUUCAAAUCAUCAGCUCAUCCACACAGGAGAGAAACCACACAGCUGUGACCAAUGUGGGAAAACCUUUGCUCAGAAAAGCACCCUUUCAAAUCAUCAGCUCAUCCACACAGGAGAGAAACCACACAGCUGUGACCAAUGUGGGAAAACAUUUUCUCAAAAAAGCAUUCUUUCAUCCCACCAGCACAUUCACACGGGAGAGAAACCACACAGCUGUGAAGAGUGUGGGAAAACAUUUUCUGAAAAAGUUACCCUUGAAUACCACCAACGCAUUCACACAAGAGAGAAACCAUACAACUGUGAAGAGUUUGGGAAAACGUUUGCUCAAUCAAGUGAUCUCUCAGUCCAUCAUCAUAUUCACACUGGAGAGAAACGACACAGCUGUGAAGAGUGUGGGAAAACAUUUUCUGAAAAAGUUACCCUUGAAUACCACCAACGCAUUCACACAAGAGAGAAACCAUACAACUGUGAAGAGUUUGGGAAAACGUUUGCUCAAUCAAGUGAUCUCUCAGUCCAUCAUCAUAUUCACACAGGAGAGAAACGACACAGCUGUGAAGAGUGUGGGAAAACAUUUUCUCAAAAAGUUACCCUUGAAUACCACCAACGCAUUCACACAGUAGAGAAACCAUACAACUGA